GGUGGCAUGGCAUCAGAUUGACAUUGAAAACUGCUGGGAGCUCACAUUUCUCCACGAGAGGUCAUCGGGAUGAUUCUCCUUCCUCCGGAGCUUGGCUUUUGUCAUGUUUUAUCAGCGCUGACUGUGUUGGACUCGAACUAAAGGAAUGGAAAGAGAAUCCGAAAAGAAGAGGGGAAUGGUGAUGAAUCGAGAUCGGGAUAUAUAGAAGCAAAGAAAAUGUCAACAAUGUCCAACAGAUGGCGGCGUUUUCCAGUUCCAGUAAUUGACGUCCAUUGAGGGAAAAAAAUGUACGCGACUCGCCCUUAAUCACUUCCGGUGUAAACAGAAGAAGCCUGAAAGUCAGGUUGGAGCUGGAGAGAUAAAGGGAUGGCGGGGAGUCGUCUGGAAAUAGCUGAAGGCUGGAAGCCUGUGUUGAUACAUUAUCUGAUAAAGAGCAAAGAUGCCGUCUGUUCUAGAGGUGCCAUUAUCUACAAAAGAAGAAAAGACGAGAGAGAGAGAGAUGACUGAAUGAUAGCAUCGCCGCAUUGCUCUAUUGAUGGACAGUCUGUCUUCAGCCCCUUCAUGACCACGCUCGCCAUUUCCUGCAACAUCGCAAACCCAAUCUCGGCUCAUCUGAUGAAAAGAAAAAUCUCAAUGAUUUUCUUCCAGGUUUCAGUCCCUGGUGUGACGGACUGGAGGAGAUGGACACAUCUCUUAAUCACAGAGCGGUGGCCAAACAGAGGCUGCAGGAAGACAGACUCAUUAUCAACAAGCCCCCGUGUCCAGCGAGACCACCUCCAGAACCCGAGGGAAUUGAGCAAACACCCGGCCUGAUCCCUGCCUAGUUUACCGCCGGGACCAGAUGAAGCCCUUUAGCUAAUGAGACUCCCUCAUGGUUAGCUGCGGAUGCAUUCACUUGCCGUCUCAAAGGGGUCUGAGCAAAACGAGACUGUAGGCGUUUCCUGGCUCGAUGGCAUGAUGUAUCGCAGUGUGUCCCAACAAGGGUCUCUCGUGAAUGUUUAAGCGGUGGGGUUCUGACCAUCAAACCUUCUCUGCAACCUAUUUGUGAUUGAUUAACCGCCAUUCAGCGUUCACACCAGAGGAGAGAAAAGUGAAUGAGAGAGAAGGAGUUUGCAUCCAGUGCGGUCUUGUAAUCAGCGACAGGACUCGAACCCCAGCGUCACAGUCAACUCCGCUCUGUCUCAAAUCCUCCAACAUAAGCAACGAGCCACUGGACAACUAGUAACAGCGGAAAAGCCGCCCAUGCAGAGAAAAAAUGAACAUGUUGUCUGCAUUGAUCGCCCCCUUCAAGUACAUGACCCCGGUGGCCAACGGAACAGAAGAUGAGGACACACUGAGCACCAGCAGUGCUGAGGUCAAGGAGAACCGUAACACAGGAAAUCUGGAGGAUUGUGCCAUUGUUACAUCAGACUGUCAGACACUUUUCUUCUCGGAUUCACCCAGGGAUGGGGCAUCUGGCCUCAAAAGAAAGCGGCCUUUGGAGGAGGACAAUAAUGGACACUUGCGCAAAUUGCGGCUGUACUGCAAGAAACUUGCAUGGUCUGAUGCACCAAAGAAUGCCCUGGUCCAGUUAAACGAGCUGAGACCAGGCCUACAGUACCGAAUGGUCUCUCAAACAGGACCGGUCCACGCACCACUCUUUUCCAUCGCAGUAGAAGUCAAUGGACUAACAUUCGAGGGUACUGGUCCAACAAAGAAGAAGGCUAAGAUGAAAGCCGCCGAGAUGGCUCUCAAAUCAUUCAUCCAGUUCCCCAAUGCCUCGCAAGCUCAUUUGGCCAUGGGAGGCUUGAGCAACCCUACAGCCGACUUCACCUCAGACCAGGCCGACUUCCCGGACACUCUUUUCAAAGGCUUCGAGCCUGACGGCUGCCGUUCUGCUGAGAACGAGUUGUUAUCGAGUGCUCUCCGAUUGCGCCACACGUUGGACUUGAUGGUGGUACAGGCCAGGCAAGAAGACCCCUGCCUUCCACCAGCUCCAGUUUCCCCGCCCCAGCCUAGCCCGGUCGUCCUGCUCAAUGACCUGCGGCCUGGCCUGCGAUACGCCUGCUUGUCGGAGCACGCCCAGGGCAAGCGGGCGCACCGCAGCUUCAUCAUGGCAGUUCGAGUGGAUGGCAGGAUAUUCGAGGGCUCGGGUCGCAGUAAGAAGCAGGCAAAGAGGCAGGCGGCUGUGUGCGCCCUGCAGGCACUCUUCAACUUCAGGCUGGCACCUGAGGCGAGAGCGGGACACCGGCCCAGUAGGAUCAAAUGCCCUCAUUUGCCCCAGGAGUUUGCGGACGGGAUCUUCCAGCUGGUGCGAGAGAAGUACAGCGAGCUGGCGGGCUGCUCUUCACUGCUGCACGCGCGACACAAAGGCCUGGCGGGCAUCGUCAUGACCAGAGGCCUGGAUCUGAGACAUGCUCAAGUGGUGGCGCUCUCCUCCGGUACCAAAUGCAUUAAUGGAGAGUACAUCAGUGACCAGGGGCUGGUGGUCAAUGAUUGCCAUGCAGAAAUCACCACUAGACGAGCACUGCUGCGCUUCCUCUAUUCACAACUAGAGCUACACCUCAGCAAAAGGAAAGAGGACUGGGAACAAUCGAUCUUCGUACGGCACAAAGAUUCGUGCUUGAGACUGAGAGAGAACGUCCUCUUCCACAUGUACAUCAGCACUUCACCCUGCGGGGACGCCAGAGUCAACUCACCGUACGAAAUCACCUCUGAUUUGCACAGUAACAGACACUUGGUGAAGAAGUUUCACAGUCACCUGAGGACGAAGAUUGAAUCCGGGGAAGGAACGCUGCCCGUCAGGUCCACCGCUCCUGUCCAGACGUGGGACGGUGUCCUUCAAGGAGAACGGCUCAUCACCAUGUCCUGCACAGAUAAGAUAUCCAGGUGGAAUGUGCUCGGUCUGCAGGGGGCGCUGCUCAGCCAUUUUGUGGAGCCGGUAUAUCUGUACAGCCUGACAGUGGGCAGCCUGAGACACACAGGACACUUCUCAAGGAUGAUGAACCACAGGAUGGAGAAAGCCGGCCCUCUGCCCACUUGUUACCGUCGUAACCAGCCAUUACUCAGUGGCCUGAGCAACAGUGACUGCAGGCAGCAGGGGAAGUCUGUGUGUUACAGUGUCAAUUGGACGGCAGGUGACGCUCAAAUGGAGGUGCUCAACGCGUCUACUGGGAAGAGGAGGGACUCCGGGGCUCCGUCCAGACUUUGCAAGCAUGCACUUUUUGCACGUUGGGUCAGACUUUAUCGCAAGCUGGUGGUCCGUGGGGCGAGUGGUACACUGCUGUACUGCGAAGCGAAGCAGGCGGCCGGCACCUACCAGACUGUGAAGCUGCAGUGGUUGAAGGGUCUACAGGAAGCAGGUUUAGGGACCUGGGUCAGAAAACCUCCCGAGCAGGAAACCUUCACUCUGACUGUAUGAAUGGAGGCCUGACCUGGUCUUUGUCAUCCCCUCUUCGCCAAAACCACCUUCACCUGCCAACCAGUUGCCACAGAAGAUCUUUCUCACUGCUGAAGUCAACACCAUCCCACUGCCGACAAAAAAAGCUCCAUGAGAAGAUGACAAAAGUUGAGGCUAAAGAGUAAACCUUGUUCUGUCAAAAUCUUGCAAAAUUUGGAUGUUUCCAGUAAGUCAUAGGUCUCAAACUGGAUUCCUCGAGUUUAUAGUCUAUUAUAGUCUCUAUUAGCUGUAUCUUGGGGACCAUUUGGGGACCAAAGUUGAUUCCUGGAGGGGCUCUGCACAGUUUUGCUCCA